AUGUCGUUCCUCGCCCAUACCAAGUUGCCUCUUCUCAACCCAGACCACAAUUCGGUUCUGCACUUCCUUCUCAAGAAAACCUUCUAUACACAAUUUUGUGGCGGCGAGACCCCAUCUGAAGUCAGGAGCACCAUCACAGAUUUGAAAAGGAUCGGGUAUGAAGGGGUGAUACUGGGACACGCAAGAGAAGCGGUUCUCACCGAGGAAGAGGUUGAGGGACUGGCUUCAGCUGAGGAUAGUGCAGAGCAAGCCCAGUGGAAUUCCGAAGAAAUAUGUACGUGGAAGCACAACACCAUUGAAACGGUGGAGCUGGCUCAAAAAGGCGACUUCGUGGCCCUCAAGUUCACCGGCGCAGGGCGUCGAGCUCUUCAGCGUCUGAAGGCAACAAAUUCCUGUCCCCCCGAACUCGAAGCGGCCGUGCAUGAGAUUUGCCGGCAUGCACAAAAAAAGGACGUGAAGCUUCUCUUUGAUGCCGAGCAGGCUUCGUUGCAGCAGGGUAUCGAUAAUUGGACCAUGGAUUUCGCGAAGCGAUACAACAAAGACACGGCUUUGGUCUAUGGUACCUACCAAGCUUAUGCAAAGAGGACCCCCCAAAUUCUGGCCAGCCAUCUCGACUUGGCCCGAAAACAAAACUUCGUGCUGGGGGUGAAGCUUGUUCGAGGGGCAUACUUGGGCAGCGAUCCACGAGAACUCUUCUGGCCCACCAUUCAAGAAACCCACCACUGUUACAACAGUAUUGCGAAGAGCAUCAUGCAAAGACAGUAUGGAGGCAUUCUCCGGCCCGUCGACGGCGCUUCUUCGGAAUUCCCUCAGGUCAGUCUCGUGCUUGCCACCCACAAUGCCGAAUCGGUGAAGCUGGCGGGGCGAAUCCGAGACGAGCAAGCUCGUCGGGGCGAGCCACGAAUCGAAAUGGCAUAUGGGCAGUUGAUGGGGAUGGCGGAUAAUGUAAGCUGUGCGGUGGUACAGACGGCGAGGACGCGUUUGGACUCCGACGACGCCAAUGUAGACGUUCCCAGAGCAUACAAGUACUUGGUCUGGGGUCAGAUGGGAGAAUGUAUGAAAUACCUUCUUCGUCGCGCUCAUGAAAAUCGAGACGCUGUCACCAGGACUGUGGAAGCGAGGCAAGCUUUGGGCCGAGAAUUGGGCAGCAGGAUAGCAUUUUGGCGCUGA